GGCCCGCGGCCGCCCUGGUGUCCUCGCGCCGCUCGUCCGCGCGAAGCCUGGCAGUUUGCCUCUUCCUCGUCCGUCCUCCGCCCUGCGUCCAUGGCCACCGCCGCGACCGAAGAGCCCUUCCCUUUCCAUGGUCUACUGCCCAAGAAAGAGACCGGGGCCGCCUCGUUCCUCUGCCGCUACCCGGAGUAUGACGGGCGGGGGGUGCUCAUCGCCGUCCUGGACACCGGAGUCGACCCCGGGGCUCCGGGAAUGCAGGUUACAACUGAUGGAAAACCAAAAAUCAUUGAUAUCAUUGAUACAACAGGAAGUGGCGAUGUGAAUACUGCUACAGAAGUAGAGCCAAAAGAUGGUGAAAUGAUUGGCCUUUCAGGAAGAGUGCUUAAGAUUCCUGGAUGCUGGACAAAUCCUUCAGGCAAAUAUCAUAUUGGCAUAAAAAAUGGCUAUGAUUUCUAUCCAAAAGCUCUCAAAGAAAGGAUACAGAAAGAACGAAAGGAAAAAAUCUGGGAUCCUGUUCACAGAGUGGCCCUUGCAGAAGCCUGCAGGAAGCAGGAGGAAUUCGAUGUUGCCAACAACGGCUCAUCCCAGGCAAAUAAACUAAUCAAGGAGGAGCUUCAGAGUCAAGUGGAAUUACUAAAUUCUUUUGAAAAAAAGUAUAGUGACCCUGGCCCUGUGUAUGACUGCAUAGUGUGGCACGAUGGUGAAGUCUGGAGAGCCUGCAUUGAUUCAAAUGAAGAUGGGGACUUGAGCAAGUCUCCAGUGUUGAGGAACUACAAGGAGGCCCAGGAAUAUGGCUCAUUUGGCACGGCUGAGAUGUUGAAUUAUUCCGUUAACAUAUACGAUGAGGGAAACCUGCUCUCCAUUGUGACCAGUGGAGGAGCUCAUGGUACUCACGUCGCCAGUAUAGCUGCUGGCCACUUUCCAGAAGAACCUGAGCGGAAUGGAGUAGCUCCUGGGGCUCAGAUUCUUUCAAUCAAGAUUGGUGAUACAAGGCUAAGCACAAUGGAAACAGGCACAGGCCUCAUAAGAGCUAUGAUAGAAGUUAUAAAUCAUAAGUGUGAUCUUGUCAACUACAGCUAUGGCGAAGCAACUCACUGGCCAAAUUCUGGGAGGAUUUGUGAAGUAAUUAAUGAAGCAGUGUGGAAACAUAAUAUAAUUUAUGUUUCAAGCGCUGGAAAUAAUGGACCAUGCCUUUCGACAGUAGGUUGUCCGGGUGGAACCACAUCAAGUGUGAUAGGUGUUGGUGCUUACGUUUCUCCUGAUAUGAUGGUUGCUGAAUAUUCACUGAGAGAGAAAUUACCUGCAAAUCAAUAUACGUGGUCUUCUAGAGGCCCAAGUGCGGACGGGGCCCUUGGCGUGAGCAUCAGCGCACCGGGAGGAGCCAUUGCUUCUGUUCCUAACUGGACAUUGAGGGGGACCCAGCUGAUGAACGGGACGUCUAUGUCUUCCCCCAAUGCAUGUGGAGGCAUCGCCUUGGUACUUUCAGGUCUGAAAGCCAAUAACGUUGACUAUACGGUUCAUUCAGUAAGAAGAGCCCUAGAAAAUACUGCAGUGAAGGCUGAGAAUAUAGAAGUAUUUGCCCAAGGACAUGGUAUUAUUCAGGUUGAUAAAGCCUACGACUACCUCGUUCAGAAUACAUCAUUUGCUAAUAGAUUAGGCUUUACAGUUACUGUUGGAAGUAACCGCGGCAUCUACCUCCGAGACCCUGUUCAAGUGACUGCACCCUCAGAUCAUGGUGUUGGCAUCGAGCCGGCAUUUCCAGAGAACACUGAAAACUCUGAAAAAAUAUCCCUUCAGCUUCAUUUAGCUUUAACUUCAAAUUCAUCUUGGGUUCAGUGUCCCAGCCAUUUGGAACUCAUGAAUCAGUGUAGACACAUAAACAUACGUGUGGAUCCCAGAGGCUUGAGAGAAGGAUUACACUAUACAGAGGUGUGUGGCUAUGACAUAGCCUCCCCUAACGCAGGCCCUCUGUUCAGAGUUCCAAUCACCGCAGUUAUAGCAGCAAAAUUGCCUCGUUACAGCCCAGUGAGUGCAAAAACAAAACCUUUAGGAUCAAGAGAUGUUUUGCCAAAUAACCGUCAACUUUAUGAGAUGGUCCUGACAUACAACUUCCAUCAGCCCAAGAGUGGAGAAGUAACUCCAAGCUGCCCACUUCUGUGUGAAUUGCUGUAUGAAUCAGAAUUUGACAGCCAACUGUGGAUUAUUUUUGACCAGAACAAAAGACAGAUGGGUUCAGGUGAUGCCUAUCCACAUCAGUAUUCUUUGAAAUUGGAGAAAGGAGAUUAUACGAUUCGACUGCAGAUUCGUCAUGAGCAGAUCAGUGAUUUGGAGCGUCUGAAGGAUCUUCCAUUUAUUGUUUCUCAUCGGUUGUCUAAUACCUUGAGCUUAGAUAUUCAUGAAAAUCAUAGCCUUGCACUGCUGGGAAAGAAGAAGUCGAGCAGUUUGACAUUACCACCCAAAUAUAACCAGCCAUUCUUUGUUACCUCCUUACCUGAUGAUAAAAUACCUAAAGGGGCAGGACCUGGGUGCUACCUCACAGGAUCCUUGACACUGUCCAAGACGGAGCUUGGCAAGAAAGCUGGGCAGUCUACAGCAAAACGACAAGGAAAAUUUAAAAAGGAUGUAAUCCCUGUUCAUUACUACCUAAUACCUCCACCAACAAAGACUAAGAAUGGCAGCAAAGAUAAGGAAAAGGAUUCAGAGAAAGAGAAAGAUUUAAAAGAAGAGUUUACAGAAGCAUUACGGGAUCUUAAAAUUCAGUGGAUGACAAAGCUGGAUUCUAGUGACAUUUAUAAUGAAUUGAAAGAAACCUAUCCUGCUUACCUUCCACUGUAUGUUGCACGGCUUCAUCAGUUGGAUGCUGAAAAGGAACGAAUGAAGAGGCUGAGUGAGAUUGUGGAAGCUGCAAAUGCUGUGAUUUCUCACAUAGAUCAGACAGCCCUUGCAGUCUACAUUGCCAUGAAGACUGACCCCAGGCCAGAUGCAGCUACUAUAAAAAAUGACAUGGACAAACAGAAAUCCACGCUGGUGGACGCGCUGUGCAGGAAAGGCUGCGCCCUGGCCGACCACCUGCUCCACACGCAGGCGCACGACGGGGCAGCGGCUGGGGCUGUGGAAGGAAAGGAGGAGGAAGGCGAAGGUGCCUUAGAGUCUCUGUCAGAAACGUUUUGGGAAACUACCAAGUGGACUGACCUUUUUGACAACAAGGUUCUGACUUUUGCAUACAAGCAUGCAUUAGUAAAUAAAAUGUAUGGGAGAGGCCUUAAAUUUGCAACUAAGCUUGUAGAAGAAAAACCAACAAAAGAAAACUGGAAAAAUUGUAUUCAACUGAUGAAAUUACUCGGAUGGACCCACUGCGCAUCUUUCACUGAAAACUGGCUCCCCAUCAUGUACCCUCCGGACUACUGCGUGUUCUAGAAUAAAGACCAAGACUUGCCAUUGUAAAGAGAAAGUUUUCUAACAAAUGGAUAUGAGGACAGAUUUGUGGCAUUUUUAGUCUCAUGCAUGUUUUCAUCUACUAUCGAAUGCUGAUCAUUAAAACGAUGUGUAUUUAUCAGAGAAUUCACUGGCGUGUGGCUUAAUACAUGUAAACCUAAACCUCUGACAUGGCGGUGUUCCUGAAUGCCUCCUACAGCUGGCAAGGAAGGGAUGUGCCCUCCUGCCUGCCCCUGGCAAGCAUUUUGAGUUGGGUUGCAGCUUCCUGCAUGCAUGAUAGGUUUUGAACAGUAACUUUUAACUGCAAACCUUUAAAAUUCUAUUUUUUAUUUUAUAAAUGAACAGGGUUUUAACAUGCUUGACUUUGAUUUUCCUCAAUUGUAUGAAGGCCUUAAGAAGCUACAUUAAAAGUAGCUAAAAAUUAUUUAUUGGACUAAAAUUUACUUCAUUACCAGAUUUCCUUUUUUGUUUGUUUGUUUUUGCAAACAUUUACAUUCAAUUAAGAAGAAAAAUAAAACCGGCACAAAGAUGUGAUAUUUGCUGGGACAUAAUUGUUUCAGUAAAUUUUCAUCUUGGGGCUACAAUAGGCAAGUCAUUUCCACAUCUUUCUGAAGUGCACAGUGUCAGAAUGAGUUAAUACAACAUGUGUAAGUGCCAGACAGCUGGAUCUUUAUCAGGAAUUGUAAUCAGACACACUUGGUAUGUUUAUUACAGUUGAAAUAAUGUAAAACACAUGAAUAAAUGUGCAAACCAAGAUCACAGUACACCAUAUGCACUCUGAUACCUUAAUUUUUUUAUAUGAAUAAUAAAAGUGAAUAUUGAAGCCUCUUAAACUUGGUCUUAAUUUUUCAUAAAUCAAAUUUGGGGUUACAGUGGAAGUAAUCCUUAUAAAAAGAUUAAGCAGAUUAUUUAUAGGCUUGCCAUUAUUUGAAUAAUAUAUUUCUAGUUCUUGGUGUGUGAUUAGCUUUUGUGUAUGUUUAACUCCUUAUCCUUUCAUCUUUCUGGUUAUUGUUCCUGCUUCUCAUUCUGCCUCCUGAAAUAAGGUGACAGAAGUAGAUAAUAUUAAAAAGUCUG